GCUGCUUACGCCUCGCACCGUCAACGCGACAGUCCGGCUAUACAAAGAGCUCUAGUGCACUCUCGUAGACUAUAUCAGCGACAGGCGACUGACGGUCUCUGAUCGCUCCUCGUGUCCACUAACCUCACUUCCCAACAGCAUGUGCUUGCAGUAGCCACCAUGGUUCGAGUACAGAGUCGCGCCGCAUCGGUGCACGCAUCGAGGGCCCAAAGCAAGGCGGCCUCGCGCAGAAACAAGAAGCCUUACAAAGUCGUUUUUGAAUCCGUCACGCAGGAAAAGAAGAAGCUGCGCUCCGCCGUUUCCUUCAAUGACAGAGCUCCCCCCGGUUACACUUUCAUCCCGGUCGGUUCGCCUGAGCUGACCGAACGAUGCAAGGAGCUCUGCCGUCGUCGCGGGCUCGAAGUUCAUAUUGUUUCCGCCAAGCCAACAAACAAGGCUGCCGUGGACCCGAACAAACUCGGCUAUCAUGUCCACAGGCUGGGAUAUCACUUCCCAAAUGUGGUUGUCGAUGAAGCCGUCGAGUGGCUUGAUAUCGACAUCGCUCCCUCUCGCAAAAGCAAUACCGAUGGCUACACAUCAAAGAUUGCCCAAGGGCUUGAGAGUGCCGGUCGCAAACUGGGCAUGGCUCAGAAUGCGUCUGCGGAGCAGACCGAGCAACAAAUCAGUAUUACUAUGAAGGACCUUUUCCCAAAAAUCCCGGAAAAGGCUCUGAAGGCCAUCGUCAAGCACGCCUUCCGGAAGGGUUCAGAUAGGGUAGGUUCUUCAGAUCUCCCUCUCGCGCGAAAGGUGCAACUUGCAGUGCUCGCCCAUGUCAGGCAUAAGUACACCGACUAUGACAAGAUGCUCAAGGAGAGAAGCUGGCACGAAGCUCGUGCCACUGUUGAAGGAAAGUGUUUGGACAAGCUACUAGAAUGGCGUGGCGAGAACGACGACGGCAAGAUUGAGAUGGAGGACGAGUUCCGCGAAGUUAUCAUCCUUGAUGACGACGAAGAAGACGGCUAUGAAACUACUAGCGGCUCGGAUCACGACUCCAGGGAAGCCAGCGUUGAGAUCAUCUCCAGCCAAGCGACUGCACGUGAGCUUGAGGCCCCAGAGCCUCCCGAGUCGGACUGGAUGAGGACACAUUACAGAGCCUAUGGGCAUCGGCUUGGAAUCCCACAAAUCCUUCGACCACGACAGCCUACUAGAAAGAGGGCAGCUUCUCCACUGUAUCCUCAGCCUCCACCAUAUGUUACGGAUUCAGGCCAUACGGUUGCUCAUACCAGGCCGCUGACCGAAGAAUCCCGCUAUGCCAGGCCUCUGGGUCCUCCACCAGAUGCGCGUCUGCUCGCAGCAGGUGGGCGUAUCCAUUACGAUGUGAGUUGGAUGCAAGCGGCAGAAAGCUAAUGGCUAAAUCUUCAACCCUGCCCUGCUAUGGUGCAGCUAACACUGGUAACUA